AAUCCAUCAGCAGGCGGUUACGGUGGGCGCUAAGACCCCGCGGAUCUCGCUGUGGCAGGGACGCAGUCUGUCCUCACUGGGACUCCUCUUCGCCUCCGCGCGGUGAUUGGGUGGAAGAUGGCGCUGGGCGAAUGGAAAUCCUAAUGACAGUUUCCAAAUUUGCCUCUUUUUGUACCAUGGGCGCCAAUGCCUCCGCUUUGGAGAAAGAGAUCGGCUCGGAGCAGUUCCCUGUCAAUGAGCAUUACUUCGGAUUGGUCAACUUUGGAAACACCUGCUACUGUAACUCUGUGCUCCAGGCACUGUACUUCUGCCGGCCGUUCCGGGAGAAGAUCCUCGCGUACAGGAGCCAGCCGCGCCGCAAGGAGAACCUGCUCACCUGCCUGGCCGACCUGUUCCACAGUAUAGCCAACCAGAAGAGGAAAGUUGGUGUGAUACCCCCGAAGAAGUUCAUUACGAGACUACGGAAAGAGAAUGAACUGUUUGAUAACUACAUGCAACAAGAUGCACAUGAGUUCCUCAACUACCUGCUGAACACUAUAGCAGACCUGCUACAAGAAGAGCGCAAGCAAGACAAGCAGAAUGGAAAAUUGGCCAAUGGCACACUCGAUUCACAGAACAAUAACAGCACCCCGCCGUCCUCCACCUGGGUUCAUGAGAUCUUCCAGGGCACGUUGACCAAUGAGACACGAUGCCUCACCUGCGAGACGAUAAGCAGUAAAGAUGAGGAUUUCUUGGACUUGUCAGUGGACGUGGAGCAGAACACUUCAAUCACACACUGUCUCAGAGGUUUCAGUAAUACAGAGACCUUGUGCAGUGAGUAUAAAUAUUACUGUGAGGAAUGCAGAAGUAAACAAGAGGCACACAAACGAAUGCGGGUUAAGAAACUUCCCAUGAUCCUCGCCUUGCACUUGAAGAGAUUUAAAUACAUGGAGCAGCUGCAGCGCUACACAAAGCUUAGUUACCGCGUUGUCUUCCCUCUGGAGCUCCGCCUCUUUAACACCUCUGGCGAUGCCACCAAUCCCGAAAGGCUUUACGACCUGGUCGCUGUGGUGGUGCAUUGUGGCAGCGGUCCAAACCGAGGACACUACAUCGCAAUUGUAAAGAGUCAUGAUUUCUGGCUACUGUUUGAUGACGACAUCGUAGAGAAAAUUGAUGCCCAGGCGAUUGAGGAGUUCUACGGAUUAACCUCGGAAAUUUCCAAGAACUCUGAGUCCGGGUACAUCCUGUUUUACCAGUCCAGAGACUGAGAGAGGCCAGAGCGGCGUCCCCUUACGGACACCUGUGCAGCAGGCGUGCCUGUAUGCUGAACCCUGCUGCAUCCCACCUGCGCAGGUUCUUACUGCAGCGGCGCCUCACACACACCCCACCCCACCCGUCCAAGCCCACCCUCGCCGGUCUCCAUGCAGCAGUAACGUUGGACGCAAUGCAGUCGCAAGGCCUUUUGAACGUUGUUUGUCAGUUGUAUUUACGUUGUGGGAGCGUUCAUCACUCGUGUUCAGUCCUUUACCGUGGAGAGAAUGUGUGUAAUGUAACAGACUGUAUGAUACGUCCAGGAUUUGCAUUCAACUUUCAUGCUGCGACCUUUUGAUUCCUGUGGCUGUGAGGAGGCUGAAGACUUGUGCAUGGGGAAAGCGGGUGUGUUCAUUAUAAUGGCGGGGAGGGUCUAAACGCUCCGGGUGCGGGGCAUUGCGGGUUAUGUAUUUCUACCUUGUACAGAGUGAUAUUUGUAUAAAUAUUAUGAGAAUUAUAAUAAUAUUACUGAUAUAGCCAAAAAAAGAGGAUAGAACCAGAAAAGAUGUAUAACACUAUGGUGCACUUUUGAUACAGUUUUGUAGAUGUCGGAAGGUUAAUGUGAGGGUUUGCUUGAGACGGCCUGUUGUGAAAAUUAUCAUUUUCUGUUUUAAAGAAAAAGAAAUAAAAGUGUAUACACCAAGAUAGGAUGUAUGCAUGCAAGCAUGUAAAUACCAGCGAUUACAAGCCUACUGCGAUUUGAUUGGAUGCCUUUUUCAUACAAUCAAGCCAUUUUUUUUUUUCUUGCUGAUGACUCAUUCUUGGUCACUGUGGCCCCUCAGUGGCCGGUCAAGAUCACUGCAAGAUAGAGAAUUGCAUAGCAUCAUUCCUUUUUCACCGAUUGCUUUCCUCUCAGUCCAGCUUUAAAGGUUCUGUUUUGUUUUGCAACGAUUUUGCCAGCUCAUUAUUGCGUAAAAUGAGGUUGAAUCCUUUUGUAUUUGCAUGAAAGGUUACAUAUAUUUAUUAGUGCACAAAAGCAAUUCUCAAAUCUGUCAUUUGAGAGCCAUAUCGAGCCUAGUUUGUGACUGGAAAGCAUUUUAUCAGGCGUCAUCACUGACUACGCAGUUUAGUCUGAGGAGGUGCGAGUCUGUCUGAGUUAGAGGCAUGGGGAUCAAGGCUGCGUGGGGUUAGAGGAUGGAGGAGAGAGGGAAGAUAGUGGGGGAAGUGGGUGACACAGAUGAGCGUGCUGUUAAUAGCACGCACCGAGAAUAGCUCUCACAGGGGAGCAACACAAUGUGCAUCUUUCCAGAAAGAUGCAGUCUGAAUGUCAGAUGCUAGAUAAAUGGGUCUCAUCCUACACAGAUACGUUGCAAUACCUUCUGGGCCAUUUGAAAUGGGUGCUUUUUCUAUUUUGAAAAGGUGGUUUUUAAAGUUAAUUAAAUGUUCCAAAAUUUUUAUAUAUUACAUUUUGCCAAGUCAAGCUAAAUUGAAACGUUCCAAUACAUGUUUUGGCAUGUUUCAGUGCUUUCAAAAGAGUAACAAAGUUCAGUUUUACAGUUAAUUUAGCCAUUACCAGUCUUUCAAGGUCAUGGUAUAUUAAUUAUUAUAAUAAUUAGUAUUAAUUAGUUAUUUACAAAAUCACGGUAACCGGGUCGAAUUUUCAAAAUCAUUACCCUACUU